AUGGGGCGCUACACGGGCCAGGCGUGCCGGCUGAGCUUCAUGCUGGUGCUGACGGCGGGCUUCUUCGUGGCCGAGCUGGUGUCCGGGUACGUGGGCAACUCCAUCGCGCUGGUCUCGGACUCGUUCAGCAUGCUCUCCGACCUGAUCGCGCUGUGCGUGGGCCUGGUCACCGGGCGCAUCUCCCGCCGCCGCCGCCGCAGCCCGCGGGCCUCCUUCGGCUACGGGCGGGCCGAGGUGGUGGGCGCCCUCAGCAACGCCGUCUUCCUGGCCGCUCUCUACUUCACCAUCCUGAUGGAGGCGCUGCAGCGGCUGGCGCGGCCGGAGCCCAUCAGCGACCCGCCGCUCAUCCUCGUGGUGGGAACCCUGGGCCUGGCCGUCAACCUCGUGGGCCUCCUCGUCUUCCAGAACUGGGCCGCUUGCUGCCCCCCCUGCCGCCGACGCCGCCCGCCCUCGCCUCCCGGCCACGAAGACGGACUCCCCCCGGAGGACGGCCCUGCGACCUCCUCCUCCUCCGCCGCCGCCUGAGGGGCCUCCGCCGGGAGGGCCAAACCACUGCGACCCAGCGUUUCUUCUUUGAAUGCAGGUGACUCCAUAAAUAUCCAGAACUUGCCUGAGGAAGAGGUGAUAAAGAAAAAAGAGAAAAAGUCUGAAGCCUUGAAUAUCAGAGGUGUUCUUUUGCAUGUAAUGGGAGAUGCCCUUGGCUCAGUUAUCGUUGUGGUUGCUGCAUCAAUAUUCUAUGCACUUCCACUGUUGCCUCAGCCAAAGAAUCAGAAGUCAAACAAACUGUCGGAAGUGCCAGGUGUUAGCAGCAUUCAUGAGGUGCAUGUCUGGGAGCUUGUCAGUGGAAAGAAUAUUGCCACCCUCCACGUCAAAUGUCACACCACGUCUGAUUACCAAGAGGCGUCUUACAGAAUGAGGGAGGUGUUCCAUGAAGCGGGGGUCCAUUCAGUGACCAUCCAGCCAGAGUACACGGACCACAAGAGCCCCGAGAUCCUGUGCAGUGCCCCCUGUAUCUCCAACUCUUGUGACCCCCAGUUGUGUUGUAGCCAGCAGGAAGCAACCUUUGUCCAAGUAGGGAAUAGCUAUAAUGAGAAAAAUGGCAGCAUCACCCCAUCACUGAAGAAAGCCUAUAAAAAUUCAGUGGAAAUUCCCGUUGAGCCCACGUGGGCAGAAGAUGUUGUCAAAAAGGACAAGUUUGGUGACGAGGAUGGGAUAUUAGAGUGGGUAGGCUGCCCCGCUGAACCGACGCCAGAACGGCGGACGACCAAGAAGCCCCUGAAGGACGCAGGGCAGAAGAACGAGACCCGGCUGAUCAAAGCUGUAUUCUACGUUGCUCGGUGCCUGGUGGCGCCCGCUGAGAUCAAGGACGUGUCCCUGGCUGACCUGAAACUAAAGCUGAAGGGGCAUUUUGCGCCGCAACCAUCGCAGAUCGCUAGUCGGCAUGUGUUCUAUAAACAGUCUCAUGUGGCCAAUGAGACGAUAGCAGAAUACGUGUCAGCAUUAAGGAAGGCUGCAUGCUCGUGCAACUUCUCCGACCUGGAGGAAGCACUCCUCGACUGGCUCGUCUGUGGCAUGAAAGACGAGAAGCUGCAGCAGCGGCUGUUUGCCCGGCAAGCCCUCACCUACACUGUGGCCUACUCAGAGGCUAUAGCCGUUGAGGCCGUGGAGAAGGCAACAUAA